UACCUUGAGAAACAUAUCAAUUGCUCUAUAGAGGCCGUCAUGGCAUUUCCAAGCAACAUUUCUGCUAGAACCUCAAACUUGGGUGAUGGAUAAACAUGGAUCUUUUGCAGAUUUGGCUAAGUAAUUGUCCAAUAGCCUUGGCUUUUUUGGACCCUUGCUGCUCUUGCAUCAAGAAAUACUCAUGACAAAGAAAACUGUUGAAGACAGAACCAUGGUAAAAAUUCAAGUUACUAGAAUCCAAGUUCUGAUUCUUCCAAUCUUAGUUGUCUAGAGUUGCAAUUACCAGUCUCAUAUAUACUUGAAGACUGUCAAGCUAACACAUGUUUCUUUUAUUAAAUACACUGCUUUGAUUAAUCUUUGAUCACAUAUGUUGUGAAAGUAGUUUCCGGUCGAGGAUAAAAGCCAGAGUAUUUUUUAUUUUAUUUUAAAUUUUUUUUAAAUUUUAUUCACUUCAAAAACCUUUGUACAACCUGAUGCUACUUGUGUAGAAAAGUAAUCAUAUAGAAAAGUUAAGAGGAAAAAUAAAAAAAUCAUCUACUCCCAAACCAUAUUUCUGUGGCCUUCUCAUGUCUGCCUCCAGCUUUCUUUUUCAAAGAAGAGAUCCUAUUUCUGAUCAUCUUAUCCAAAGCCAGACUAUUUGAGUUAUUAGGAAUCAGAAGAAUGACAAGAACUCCAGACAAGAGAACAUUAGCAAGUUGUCCAGUAUACAAAAAAUAAAACACUAAGGCUCUCUUAUCAGUAUAAGGACCUUGGCAUACUUUUAUACUGCAACAACAUUAUGACCUCAUGUUGAUAAAAAAUGUUAUGACACAAAGCCAACAGUAUCUCCAGUUUCUUUCUAGCUCUAUGAAGAACGUUCAGAGGCAAUUCUCUAACAAAUCUAAGAAGUGUGUGGUAAAAACAAGAAUCAACUCCUGUCAUGUCCACGAACUAUCUUGUAGGCACUACUGCAACCGGUAUAUCUACUUUGCCCCACGAAACUUGACUGCAUCAUCUGUUACAUAGAAAUAAACAAAAAGAAACUUGACUGCAUCAUACAUAUUGUGCAAUGUGUUACACUUCCUUUGAGAAGAUAAGCUUGUUGUAACAAAGAAAAUAAGUCUAUUUUCCUUGACUAUCAUUAUUCAUACGGAAAUUUGGAGUGUUUUCACCUUCAUAAGGUUCUACACGGCAUCGUUUGAAGAUAUCACCAUCGUCCUCAAUCCAGCUCGUUGUUUGUGUGCAUUAGUUAAUUUUUUCUGCAACACUUGAGUUAUGAUGCAAAUAUUUUUAUUUAAUCAAACUUGAUUUAUGUGCAUUAGAAGAAAAUUUAAGACGUAUUUUUUUGUUUGCAUCAACGUUUAUUUUCUUUUUCUUUCGAGUAAAGAAUGCAUUUUUAGUCUCUUUUAACAUGUAAACUGUGAACAUAAAAAUAUGUUUAUGGUUGACCCAAAAAAAAAAGUGAUCCCCAUACAUUAUUGCACAAGAAAAGAAAGAGAAAUUGAUUACUCUGAUAGUUUAUUUCAUGUUUUGCUUUGACAAAAGUGAGUAAUUCAUCUAAACAGAACUUUGAAUAAUUUUAAUUUGCUAUAACUAUGCAAAUUAAUCAAUUUCAAUUUUGCUAAAAAUUAUUUAGAUAUUUUAUUUCCCUUUUCUUUAUCAAUAAAAAUUAUAUUGGCGGUUACUUUUCGCGUCUACAGAGCCAUAAUAUAAACGCGUCAAACUCAAACCUCGUCUUCGACUCUCACCUGAAAAAUCGAAACCUCUCAGAUCUAAUCCCCUCCAUCGUUACGGUGACGAUCGAUCUCUUGACAGCGAGAAAUGGCGGCGGUGACACCAUUAGCAAAGUUCAAGCUCGUCUUCCUCGGAGAUCAAUCCGUCGGCAAGACCAGCAUCAUCACCCGUUUCAUGUACGACAAAUUCGACACCACUUAUCAGGCAACUAUUGGGAUUGAUUUUUUGUCGAAGACAAUGUACCUUGAGGAUAGGACUCUUCGUCUCCAGCUAUGGGAUACUGCCGGGCAGGAAAGGUUUCGAAGUCUGAUACCAAGUUAUAUCAGAGAUUCCUCUGUUGCUGUCAUUGUCUAUGAUGUUGCUAAUAGGCAGUCAUUCUUGAACACCUCCAAGUGGGUUGAGGAUGUUCGUACAGAGAGAGGUAACGAUGUCAUAAUUGUUCUGGUGGGUAACAAAACAGAUCUCGUUGACAAGAGGCAAGUGUCGAUAGAGGAAGGGGAUAACAAAGCUCGUGACUUUGGAGUGAUAUUCAUAGAGACGAGUGCAAAAGCUGGAUUUAACAUCAAGCCACUAUUCCGAAAGAUUUCAGCAGCAUUACCAGGAAUGGAUACACUUUCUUCAGCGAAACAAGGCGAUAUGGUUGAUGUCAACCUAAAGUCAUCCAACCAUUCGUCUCAAGCGGAGCAACAAAGUGGUGGCUGUUCGUGUUGAUUAAUUUUUGUUAAAAAAUAUACUUUUAACAGCAACGGAGUAUGGAGAUUUUUUUAAAGAUUCACAACUUGAUUGAGUAAAUAAACUCUGGUGUAAGGAAAGAGAAUUUUUACUUGGCAACUCCUAGUAUUCUUUAAGAUGUUUUGAGUUCAAUAUUGAGCUGUGUAAUAAUGACGCUUGAAAGCUUAAGACAAAAUGUUUUGCUCUGUUCUGA